GUGGUCCUGCCUCCUGAGUGGAGCAGCGGUGGGAGCAGCAGGCAGGGCUGGGUUCUGCUAUUUGUGCAGCAGCAGCAUUAGCACUGGGAAUGGCUUCUUACACCUCCUGCUAGGAUCUGCCCUGAUCUCCGAAAUCACCGGUCAGGAGGUCACCACACAUCGCUGCUGCGGAGGACCAGCUUCCAGGGGGAAAGAUGUCGGAUGAUUUUGGUUUCUUCUCCUCUUCUGAGAGCGGGGCCGCGGUGGAGAAUGAAGAAGACCCCGCUGCCGCUUUCCUGGCCCAGCAAGAGAGCGAAAUAGCUGGGAUAGAGAAUGACGAAGGGUUCGGGGCAGUGCUGGUGGGCAGCCAAGCCUCCUCCAUUGAGCAGUCAGAUAUGGGGGGCUUUGAUGAUUUGGUGACCACUCCAGUGAAUGGUGAUAUGUACCAGGAAUCUUCUGGAGUCAAUGAUGGAUAUGCAGCUAUAGCACAUGCUGACCGACUCACCCAAGAGCCAGAAAGUCUUCGCAAGUGGAGAGAGGAACAAAAGACUCGCCUGGAGGAAUUGGAUGCUGCUUCCAAGGUGACUGAGCAAGAAUGGAGAGAGAAGGCCAAGAAAGACCUAGAGGAAUGGUACCAGCGGCAGAGCGAACAGAUAGAAAAGAAUAAAGUUACAAACAGGAUUGCGGACAAAGCAUUUUACCAGCAGCCUAAUGCUGAGGUCAUUGGUUACGUGGCAUCUGAUGAAGCACUAGUCCCAGAGCCUAAGGACGAGGAAACUGGGACAGAAUGGGAGCGUGUUGCCCGACUCUGUGACUUCAACCCCAAGAGCAGCAAACAGUCAAAAGAUGUGUCUCGUCUGAGAUCUGUGCUUAUUUCCUUGAAACAGACACCUCUGUCUCGCUAGUAUUCCCAUCCAACCUCACUUCACCUCCCUGUUUCACACCAAAGAAUCCAUUGUUGCAGGUCUGAGGCCCAUUCAUUGAUGCAGUCAAUAUGAGAAAAGAUCCAACCCUUACAUACACUUCCAAGCAAAAUACACCCUUCUAAUGAACUGGAAAUACAAUCUAAAGUACCAACGCCUCUAAUUUCAUUGAAUUGUCCUUUUAAAUGUAAUGGGUGUUAAAUCAAGGCUGUCUUAAUGGGAGCAUGUGGUGGCUGUGGGCUUAUGAGGGGGAGGAUAUACCGAUGUGUUAUUUUAUUGUAUAUGUGUGCCUGGGUUUUAACUGCUUGUUUGUAUAUUUCUCAUAACUGGUUCUGGAAAAGAAAAGCAUGUGUGCAACAAGAUCCAUAUUAAGCUCUUAACAGAUGGGGUUCUAGAGUACUUUAGAUGCCCAUCUUAUAGGGUAUAAAAAAUGAAUAGAGUCUAUGCACAGAUGAUGCACAUUAAAAAAAACAAGACACAACCUAUCAAUAAAAUAAACAUUUUGACAUUUA